AUGGAGAGAUGGCAUUCCACUGGUGGCCUGAAGCAACUUACAGUUCCCUCGCGGAACGAGACAAAUCAUUAUCGAGAAAGCACGCAGUUCAUUGAAAAUGUUACGAAAUUUUGUCCGAAGAUCGAGUAUCUUGACGGAUACCAGAAAGUUAUUUCGUAUGCAGAUGUUCACUGCCCAGAGAUGUGGACCAUUUCUCUUGAAACAUGGAGAGCUUUUAAUGCCACAUGCACGAACUUGCGGAGCUUCCACUGGUUUGUAGUACCAUUUGCGGAUCCAUUCUUCCGUGUGUUUGGCGAGUACGUUAAGCCUCGGUUGAAAUCAUUAUCACUAUCUGCGAAUGUCAACUGGAAGUACGACCAAUAUUUACGAGAGUGCAGUGGAAGUAUCGGAACUGAGACAGCAGAGACGAUAAAUCCUCCGGGUUACGGUGUCUCGGCUAGUGAAGCUCGCGCGGUAUUGAAGGUGUGUCCAGCACUAACGAGUCUUUCGAUCGACAUCGACUGUAUCCAGAACAAUAACCUGCAAACGCAAUACAUUAGCACGGCUGUGUAUGGAGACAAGUUCUGGGAGACAGCGGCUGAGUAUUGUCCCCUUCUGGAAUCAGUCGACAUGACGGACGCCUCCAUCUACCAGAACUUUAACAUUCAGUGUGUAAACGACCUCUCUGAUCGGACUCUGACUGCUCUUGCGAAACUCAAGUAUCUUACGUCUGUUGAGUUCUGUGCUGCGCGUUUGACUGGCAAUGACAUCUUCGAGUGGAUCAGACAAGCGACCAAGUUUGUGGGCUCUGUUGGACCCAAACGGAUGCUUGGUGUCCAGAUUGGUGGGCAUCAACGUGCUAUUCAACGUACUAGACUUGCGCCACCACGCUUUUAUGCUGAAAUUGUGAAUCUUCUGAGGCUUCUGUCUGAGAUUGACGAGGAAUCGCUUGGAGCUGCUUCAUGUCGUACAAAGCCACUUAUCUACGUCUCGAAUCCGUAUGAGUCCAAAGUGAUGCGUAUGUGGAGUGAGCCGUAA